GUCUCCUCCACAAGCAGCAAUCGUCCUGCACCGGCCGGCCGGCGUCUUCACGCUUCUUACACCUCAACAUUCACGUCGAAGGCGACCUUGACAACAGUAAAACACUGUCGGCACAAUGGCAGUCCCUCCAGCAUAUGUAGAUCUGGGAAAGUCCGCAAAGGACAUCUUCAACAAGGGAUAUGGUUUUGGACUGGUCAAGCUCGAUGUCAAGACAAAGUCAUCAAGUGGAGUGGAGUUCAAAACAAGCGGCUCGUCCAACGUAGACACCAGCAAGGUGACCGGUACUCUGGAGACCAAGUACAAGUGGGCCGAGUACGGGCUGACCUUCACGGAGAAGUGGACAACCGAGAACACACUCGGCACGGAAAUCUGCAUCGAGGAUCAGAUCACCAAAGGCCUGAAACUGAAUUUUGACACGACGUUUUCACCAAACACUGGCAAGAAGAGUGGCAAAAUCAAGACGGCCUAUAAGCGAGAGUACCUGCACACAGGCGUGGACGUGGACCUGGACUUUGCCGGGCCCACCAUCCACGGCGCAGCGGUGACCGGCUACGAAGGCUGGCUGGCCGGCUACCAGAUGAGUUUCGACACGGCCAAGUCUAGGAUGCUCCAGAGUAACUUUGCCGUUGGCUACAAGACGGGAGACUUCCAGCUACACACCAAUGUAAACAAUGGUUGUGAAUUCGGGGGCUCCAUAUACCAGAAGGUGAACGAGCAGCUGGAGACUGCCGUCAAUCUGGCGUGGGCAGCGGGCAGCAACGGAACUCGCUUCAGUAUUGCUGCCAAAUACCAGCUGGACUCCAGUGCCUCCAUAUCGGCCAAGGUAAACAACGCCAGCUUGGUCGGAAUCGGAUACAGUCAGACUCUUCGGCCCGGUAUGAAACUCAUCCUGUCAGCGCUGGUGGACGGGAAAAACAUAAACGCCGGCGGGCACAAACUGGGCCUGGGACUGGAGCUGGAGGCGUGAGGAUUCAUUUUGAGACAGAAUUUAUUUUAACCAUAAAGAAAUAACGGGGGGGGAAAUCCCCCCUAUUCUCGAGCACUGCUGAAAUGUCACGUCCUUGUCUCCUCUCCUUUGUGAAUCACAAUGAAUCCAUACUGAAGCUCCAGUCACAAAAGACCAGCCAAACCUAUUGAAAUGUAUUACGAAAGACCUCAAAACACUUCUUAAAAAAAGCGUGCGGCUGUUUGAACAUUAACUUGACAACGUAUGGUGACCGAAAAAGUUCGGAGCGAUUUGAGUCCCGGACGUACAAAUUGGGAACCCUUGCUGUCGAUCACAAUGCUAAAUGUAAGAGCCACCAUCUUUUCCAUUCAGUUUGAUGUUGACAAUCCAAGCAAGUGCGUGUAGAAUGUACAUCACAACUGUUAUUUUGCACACUAGACUACGUUUAUCAAGUAAAGCGCUUCCUCCUUUGUUGUA